AUGGGCAAACUUCACUCCAAACACGCUGCCGUGUGUAAGCGCAGGGAGAGCCCCGAAGGUGACAGCUUCGCAGUGAACGCCUCCUGGGCUAGGAAGGGGAUCGAGGACUGGAUCGGGAAGCAACGCUACCCCAGCAGUGGCCCAGGAUCCCGGCAGCCCCGGGUGGUGGGCGGCUUCUCCGGCGGCACCCGGGCGACAUCUGCCAGAGCACAAGAGCAGCUGCGUCUUGAGGAUGGUGUUGUGGAAAGAACACCCGACCUAGGAGACACUUGGGUUCAAAGCUUGGCAGUAACUUUAGUAAAGGAUCCGGCUGGUGAAGUUUACCGAGAAACAAUCAGCGAGGAACAUUUUCGUCUAGAAGUGUCUUUGCCUCCUGAGAAGACAGAUGGGCCAGGGAGUGGAGAUGAAAAGAAGGCGGAGAAAGACAGUGAAUCUUGCCCCAGCUCCAAGAAACAGCUGAAAUUUGAAGAGCUGCAGUGUGAUGUUUCAGUAGAGGAAGACAACCGGCAAGAAUGGACCUUCACACUCUAUGACUUUGAUAAUAAUGGCAAAGUCACUCGAGAGGAUAUCACUAGCUUGCUGCACACUAUCUAUGAGGUAGUUGAUUCCUCAGUCAACCAUUCCCCUACAUCCAGCAAGACUCUGCGGGUGAAACUCACAGUGGCCCCAGAUGGGAGUCAGAAGAGGAAGAGUAUUUUGCUGAAUCAUGCCGACCUACCAAGCUUGAGGCGCAGAACAGAGAGCAAGGCCAACGAAGAGCUGAGGAGCUUGGAGAAGAAGCAACGUGCUCCCCUCAGGUACCAUGGAGAUGCCCACUUGGAGCAAUCUGGGCGCUAUCACCAUUGUGUUGAUGAGAACAUUGAAAGAAGAAACCACUAUUUAGAUCUUGCAGGGAUAGAAAACUACACAUCCAAGUUUGGACCAGGCUCUCCUUCACAGAAGCCUGAGCUGCCCACAAGAGUCCCCAUCCAGACUAGAUCUCGCUCCCAUGAACCUGAAACCAUCCAUGUGCACCACAGAAAGUCCCAGGGGGCAGAACCUGGCCCCUUCCACUUCAUGGACAUUCCAUAUGCCAAGAUCGCUGAAGUCCAGCAACGCCUCCGGGGUGCUCAGGAUCUGAGCAAGCACUUUGUAAAGUCCCCCAAAGCCCAGAGCAAAAAUGUGGGGUCGGCCCACCUGGGGAGGGGAGCAAGAAGCAAAUCGAUCCUGGGACCUGCCAUCCCCUUGGCUUCCCCAACGACCCGCCCUGUCCCACCCUACCUCCUUGGCCCAGCCCCACCGAUGCAUAAGAAACACAAGCAGAGAGCCAAGGAAAGUCAGCAGAUGUGCAAAAGCCUCCAGCCCCCUGGGAGCACGGUGGUGGAGAAGGAACAUGUGCGAGACCUGCCUGCAGUUGUAUUAUAUGAAGGCCAGGUGGGGCAGAUGGUCCAGAGACACGAGCACCACCAUCACCAUGAACAUCACCACCAUUACCACCACUUCUAUCAGACAUAGAGCAUCCCGCCCCCACCUUCGCACUAAAGAACCCCCCAGCCCCGCCACGAUAUGAAGGAACCCCUCUCCCAAGAUGUCCGACUCCCAAGGCAUUAUUAUUCUUAUUCGUAAUUAUUCUUAUUGUUACUUCACUAAUAUUCAACUAGUCUCCAUUUUAGAAAUUAUACGGAAACACAGAAAUUAUACCUUAAUUUAUAUAUUGUGGAAACUGCAUAGCUUACUUAAUUAACAACUUGUGAAUUUUUGUAGCGGCUUGUGAGGAUUGCGGAGGCAGUCCCUGGCUUUUGGAACUGGGCUCUCCCUGCAGAUGGUCAUCGAUAGGCUUCUGGGACCAGCACGGGGAUGGAGGGGGUGGAGGGCCAUCACCAUGAUCCAAUGGUUCCUUGGCUUCCGCCUCCCUUCCUGUUUUCCAGCCUUUCCUGGGGAAACAUGGCUGCCUGGUCCUACUUCCAGAGACCUUUAGAAUUGCUGAGACGACAAACUGUUGCUACCUCUUAGUAUUACUUAGAUUUUAUUUGUCCCUUAAUUGAUUGUAAUGUGCUAUGGGGGGGGGGGAAUUUUGAUGGACUCUGGUUACGUGACCUAUCUGGUGUCAUGUUUUCCUAUCCCUGGGAACCUUAGCUGUAUUUGUCAAUGGAGUUACCCUUAACACCGACCUACUCAUUUGAAUCCCAGAUUCUUUUCUGAAGGCAGUCCUGACUGUUCUAUAAUGGAAAAAUCAGGAAACACCCUUCUCUCCUCUCCUCUUCGCUCUUAAGGGAAGUACAUGUACAUACAUGUAGCUAAAGUCUGUCUCUGAAACCACACUUGUUUUGGAAAACCACUGGAA